CCCCUUCACCUCCCCUCGCCCCGCCCCACUCGCGAUCGCCAGCGCCCUCCGGCAGCUGGGGGACGCGCGCCUGCGCCGGCCCUCUCCUCGGAGCAGCCAUGAUGGAAGGCCUGGACGACGGCCCCGACUUCCUCUCGGAAGAGGACCGCGGACUUAAAGCAAUAAAUGUAGAUCUUCAAAGUGAUGCUGCUCUGCAGGUGGACAUUUCUGAUGCUCUUAGUGAGCGGGAUAAAGUAAAAUUCACUGUUCACACAAAGAGUUCAUUGCCAAAUUUUAAACAAAACGAGUUUUCCGUUGUUCGGCAACACGAGGAAUUUAUCUGGCUUCAUGAUUCCUUUGUUGAAAAUGAAGACUAUGCAGGUUAUAUUAUUCCACCAGCACCACCAAGACCUGAUUUUGAUGCUUCAAGGGAAAAAUUACAGAAGCUUGGAGAAGGAGAAGGAUCCAUGACAAAGGAAGAAUUCACAAAAAUGAAACAGGAACUGGAAGCUGAAUAUUUGGCAAUAUUCAAGAAGACAGUUGCGAUGCAUGAAGUGUUCCUGUGUCGUGUGGCAGCACAUCCUAUUUUGAGAAAAGAUUUAAAUUUCCAUGUCUUCUUGGAAUAUAAUCAAGAUUUGAGUGUGCGAGGAAAAAAUAAAAAAGAGAAACUUGAAGAUUUCUUUAAAAACAUGGUUAAAUCAGCAGAUGGAGUAAUUGUUUCAGGAGUAAAGGAUGUAGAUGAUUUCUUUGAGCAUGAACGAACAUUUCUUUUGGAAUAUCAUAACCGAGUUAAGGAUGCAUCUGCUAAAUCUGAUAGAAUGACAAGAUCCCACAAAAGUGCUGCAGAUGAUUACAAUAGAAUUGGUUCUUCCUUAUAUGCUUUAGGAACUCAGGAUUCUACAGAUAUAUGCAAGUUUUUUCUCAAAGUUUCAGAACUGUUCGAUAAAACAAGAAAAAUAGAAGCCCGAGUGUCUGCUGAUGAGGACCUCAAACUUUCUGACCUUUUAAAAUAUUACUUAAGAGAAUCUCAAGCUGCUAAGAUGGAGUUUCGCUCUUGUUACCCAGGCUGGAGUGCAAUGGCGCGAUCUCAGCUCACCGCAACCUCCGCCUCCUGGAUUCAGGCAAUUCUCCUGCCUCAGCCUCCUGAGUAGCUGGGACUACAGGCACGCACCACCAUGCCCAGCUAAUUUUUUGUAUUUUUUUAGUAGAGACGGGGUUUCAUCAUGUUGACCAGGAUGGUCUCGAUUUCUUGACCUCAUGAUCCACCCGCCUCAGCCUCCCAAAGUGCUGGGAUUACAGGUGUGAGCCACUGUGCCCGGCCAAUAACAAUUUCUUAGUAACUGUAAAAAAUAAUUCAAACUUACUUGUCAGAAUUAAAACUACAACAAAGUAUUACGACACACCUUAAUUAGAAUGGCUAAAAUGAAAAUUCUGGCGAAGAUACAUAGCGAAUGGAACCACCGUAUACUGCUGGUGGGAAUGUGGUACACCACCUUGGAAAACUUUCAUAGUACUUAAAAAGUGAGAUAUACUAUCCUGUGAUCUAGUCAGUUCACUCCUAGGUAUUUAGUCAAGAGAAAUGAAAGCAGGGCUGGGCGUGGUGGCUCUCCCCUGUUACCCCAACACUUUGGGAGGCAAAUGCAGGAGGAUGGCUGGAGGCCAGGAAUUCAAGACCAGCCUGGCAGCAUAAUAAGAUCCUAUCUCUAUUAAAAAGAAGGAAAGAAAUAAAUAAAAGCAUAUGUCCAUACAGAUGUUCACAGCAGCUUUAUUUAUAACUAUAUAAAUAAAUAUACAUUUAUUUAUUUAUUUAUUUAGCUGAAAACUGGCAAUGCAAAUGUCUAAUGGAUAAUGAGAUAAGCACGUCAUCAUGUAGCCUUACAAUGGAAUAGUACUACCUAAUAAAAAGAAAUGUGCUGGUCAGGUGCAGUGGCUCAUGCCUGUAAUCCCAGCACUUUGGGAGGCCGAGACAGGUGGAUCACCUGAAGUCAGGAGUUUGAGACCAGCCUGGCCAAUAUGAUAAAACCCAGUCUCUGCUAAAAAUAUUUUAAAAAAUUAGCCGGGUGCAGUGGUGCAUGCCUGUAAUUCCAGAUACUUGGGAGGCUGAGGUAGGAGAAUUACUUGAACCUGAGGGGUGGAGGUGGUAGUGAACCGAGAUCAUGUCACUGCACCUCCCGCCUGGGCAGUAGACUAAGACUCCAUCUCAAGAAAAGUAAGAAAAAGAAAUAUGCAAGGCCGGGCAUUGUGGCUCACACAAAUGGCCAUUAAACCAUGAAAAUAUGCUCACAAGCUGUCAGGGAAAUGCAAAUCAGAAGUAUCAGAUAGGCCUGUCAUGGUGGUUUACGCCUGUAAUCCCAACACUUUGGGAGGCCAAGGUGGGUGGACCACUUGAAAUCAGGAGUUUGAGACCAGGCUGGCCAACAUGGUGAAAUGCUGUUUCUACUAAAAAGACCAAAGAACAGCCAGGCAUGGUGGCAGGCACCUGUAAUCCUAGCUACUAAGGAAGUUGAGGCAGAGAAUUGUUUGAACCUGGGAAGCAAAGGUUGCAGUGAGCCGAGAUUGCACCACUGCACUCCAGCCUAGAUGACAGAGCAAGACUCGAUCCCAGGAAAAAAAAAAAAAAGUAUGAGAUACCACUUUAUACCCACUAGAUGACCUUAAUUUUAAAAAAAGAGGCUGGGCGCAGUGGCUCAAGCUUGUAAUCCCCGCACUUUGGGAGGCCGAGGCGAGUGGAUCACGAGGUCAAGAGAUUGAGACCAUCCUGGUCAACAUGGUUAAACCCCGUCUCUACUAAAAAUACAAAAAAAAAAAAUUAGCUGGGUAUGGUGGCAUGUGCCUGUAAUCCCACCUACUCAGGAGGCGGAGGUUGCGGUGAGCCGAGAUUGCGCCAUUGCACUCCAGCCUGGGUAACAAGAGCGAAACUCAAUCUCAAAAAAAAAAAAGGAAGGCUGGCCAGGUGUGGUGGCGUGGUGGCUCACGCCUGUAAUCCUAGCACUUUGGGAUACCAAGGUGGGUGGAUCACCUGAAGUCAGGAGUUCAAGACCAGCCUGGCCAACAUGGUGAAACCCCAUCUUAAAAAAAGAAAAAAAAAGAAGGCUGGGUGUGGUGACUCAUGCCUAUAAUUGCAGCACUUUGGGAGUCUGAGGGGAACAAGGUGAGGAGUUCGAGACCAGCCUGGCCAAUGUGGUGAAACCUCAUCUCUACUAAACAUACAAAAAUUAGCCAGGCAUGGUGGCGGGCACCUUUAAUCCCUGCAACUCGGGAGGCUGAGGGAGGAUAAUCGCUGGAACCCAGGAGGUGGAGGUUACAGUGUGCCCAGCUCAUGUUGCUUGCUGCACGCCAGCCUGGGAGACAGAGCAAGCCUUUGUCUCAAAAAAAAAAAAAAAAAAAAAAAUAUAUAUAUAUAUAUAUAUAUAUACUGGAGUAUGUUUGAAUUUAAGUAAAAUAAAUAAAAAUUAAAAUAAGUAUUGGCAAGGAUGUGAGGAAGUUGGAACUGUCAUAUGGUACUGGUCGGAAUGUAAAAUGUUCAGUCGCUAUGGAAAACCAUAUUGCAGUUUCUCAAAGGUUUGGUGUAGAGUUAUCAUAUGACUCAACAGUUUCACUCCUCGAUAGUGAGAAAUCAAAGAGAAAUGAAACCAUGCCCACAUAAACACUUGUGUGCAAAUGUUGACAGCAGCAUUAUUCAUCAUGUCCAAAAAGUGGUAAUAAACCAAGUGCCUAUCAACAUGAAUAAAUAAAUCAAUAUGAUAUAUCCAUAUAGGGAAAUAUUAUUCAGCAAUAGAAAGGACGGACAUACUGAUUUGUGCUGCAACAUAGAUGAACUUGAAACAUGCUAAGUGGUAGAAGCCAGGCACAAAAAGCACACAUGAUUCCAUUUAUAUGAAAUGUCCAGAAUAGGCAGAUCUGUAGAGGUUGCAUAUUAGUGGUUGUCUAGGGAUGGGCACACAUGGGGAAGUGACAAAUGGCUGUUAAUGGGGAUGUGGUUUCUCUUUGGGUGAUGAAAGUGUUCCAAAAGUUGUGAUGCUCAAUUCUGUGAGCUUCCUAAAAAACAUUGAAUUACAUACUUUAAAUGGUGAGUUAUGUGGUAUAUCAAUUAUCUCAGUAAAGCUGUUAUUUAAAAAAAGGGGAGAGUGCAGUGACUCAUGCCUGUAAUCAGUCCACUUUAGGAGGCUGAAACAAGAGGAUCACUUUGAGACCAGGAGUUUGAGACCUGCUUGGGCAACAUAGCAAGGCCCCGUCUCUACAAAAAUCUUUAAAGAUUAGAGUAACUGGCAUGUAGCGUUCACUAUGUAAGUGUUAGUACUGAUGGUUAUGGUGGUGGUGAUGGCGGCUGGGUGUGACUACUGGAAACAUACAGUAUAUAUACUAUUGUGAAGCAUUCUGUUUCACAGGAUCUCCUGUAUCGAAGGUCCAGAUCACUAGUGGAUUAUGAAAAUGCUAAUAAAGCACUGGAUAAAGCAAGAGCAAAAAA